AUGCGAGUGCCCAGAGGGGCCCCGGUGUCUCUUUGGUUUUCUGUCAGAAACAAACUGCCAGCAACUGUCAAAGUCACUCGGCCUUCGCUCGGUACCGUUGCAGUCGUCAGUACUGUGGUCCUGACAGGCGCUGGUAUCUUUGCCGUAGCCCUCUAUCCCAUGAUAGAAAACGACUACUACAAGAGUGCGCAAGCGGAGGAGCGGGCACUACUGCGAGAACAAAUGUCCGAAAGGAGCUUAGAACCUCAUGACGAGGAAGAAAGUGGCGAUCCACCAAACGUAACCCAUCACGAGUAUGAAGCUGUGCUGAGGAAUGACUACAGAUUAGAUCAUCUUCCUGACGACAUAGAGUCAAUUGAUCUAAGCCGUACUCGGGCAGACCAUAUCCCGGAUUUGUCAAGGUUUAGCAGUUUGAAGGAGUUAGCUAUGCGCACGAAUUUGCUUAAAUGUAUGGGUCCAAAUCUGCGAUCUCUCGUCGGCCUUAUUGAACUGGAUCUUUACGAGAAUCAGAUUGAAGCUAUCGAAAGCCUUGAGACGCUUGACAACCUCAGAAGACUUGACCUUAGUUUCAACAGAAUUCGAGAAAUAUCAGGACUUUCAACAUUGGCAAAGCUGACACGUAUAUAUCUUGUACACAAUAAAAUCACCGAAAUCAAAGGACUGGACAGUUUGUUAGAAUUGGAACUUCUUGAACUAGGAGAUAACAGGAUCACCAGUAUCAAAAACAUUUCUCAUCUUGCGAAGCUGCGUGAGUUGUACAUUGGCAAGAACAAAAUCACCAGAAUCGAAGGGCUGGAAUCGUUGAAGGAUCUCAGACUUCUAAGCAUUCCGGCAAAUCGAUUAACGAAGCUCGAGAAUUUGGAAGCACUGACGAAUCUGGAAGAGAUCUAUCUCAGCGAUCAAGGAAUCGAAGACGUUUCCCAUCUUGCUCUUUUGAAGAAGUUGCGAAUCAUUGACAUUUCAAAUAACGAGGUGACUUCUCUUGAUGGGAUUUCGGAGCUGAAAGAGCUAACUGAUCUUUGGGCCAACGAUAAUCGCAUCUCGAGUUGGGCUGAAAUCGAUAAACUCAGUGGAUUGGACAAGUUGGAUACCGUAUACCUGGAGCGUAACCCCAUAUAUGAAAGUGAUCGUACUGCUUAUCGUAGGAAAGUCAUGCUGGCUUUACAGCAAGUGAAGCAAAUCGACGCUACAAUGUGUCGCUAA